UUGGCUAGUUUUCUCCUUCACCAUCGAAGGAAUAACUUUGACGGUGGUCGACGACGGUGGCGGCGGCGAAGGUUUCCGGUGGCCGGUUGUUGUGGAUCUUAGAAGAGUGAGGCGGCUAAGGUGUGACUUUGAUGGUGAUACCACAAAUGGUGUAGAACCAACAACUCCCAAACUGCACAACCAUACUAGGGUUUCACAAAUAAUUCAUUCAAAGAACCAGCAUGGAUUUCAACUCUGGUGGUGAGGGCCCUGCUAUAUUGCAGUUGCAUAAAUGGGGCACCUCCGAAGUCAAACUCGACUUGUCAGAAUUUCGUGAAGCGUUUAUUUCUCCGACAAGGGAGCUAUUGUUAUUGCUUUCGUACCAUUGCGAAGCUUUGCUGCUUCCUCUAGUUAAAGGGAAAUCUGUAGAUUGUAAGGAUCCUGAUAGCUGUUCUUAUGAAAGUCUUCAGGCUCCAAUUUCUUUAGCUUCAUGUUCACCGGAGUUGGCAGGUCCUAGUAGGUCAGAUUUAGGGGAGAGUAUUUCAAGCACUUCUGAAUCAAAAAAGAUGGUCUCUGAUAAUGAUUUUUCUCUUGGGACUAAUUUUGCAAGAUCUAAUAAUUACCCUUUUGUUUGUGAUGUAAACUCACUGGCUUGGGGUAUAUGUGGGGAUACCUAUAAUCAGCACGAGGAAGCUUCAUUUAGUGAACUUCUAUUUGUGUGUGGCAACCAUGGUGUGACGGUCCAUGCCUUCCGCCGAUGUAGAAAUUCCAGUGAAAUGACUAAAUCCAAAAAAGGGGGUGAGACUGGAAAAGGGAAGUGGGUGGAAUGGGGGCCAACUACUGCCUUAACUCACAACAAGGAGGCACAAGAUGACUCCGACUUGUGCUGUGAAGCCUUUGGAGGUGUCGACGAUUUGACUAUGGCCAACAAAAUUGGGGAAGAAGGUCCAAAUGGUCUUUGUAUGGAAGCUGGGGAUGGUGAGUUGACAAGUCGUGCUCCAAAGAUAUGGUUGCGAACUUUUUUGACGGAAGUUGAGACUUUGAAAUCGGAUGGUAAUGUUUGGACUAAAUACCCUGAGAAACCAUCAUUUCCCUCCUCUGCGAUGGUUGUUUCGUUCAGAAUUUUUGAUGGUAAUUCACCAUUUGUGAACUUCUUGCCCGAUUCUACUUCCGUAUCACAUAAAAAUGAGGGCUGUAAUGAGUCUAUUACAGAUCAAGUGCAUAAUUCAUUUACAAAGUCAGAUUUGAGUUCAUCCAGUAUAUCACUUGAACCUAAUGUUAAGUCCAACUUCAUCAGUUGUGGGAUGUCCAGUUCAUACAAGUGUUCCAAACUGUUUUCUAGCAAUUCACAUCACCUUAUUGGGUUUGUCUUAACAUUGGUGGAUCCAGUACCUUUCAACUCUAGUGGUGUAUAUGAAACAAACUGGAGCAAAAUUUUACUAGUUGUUGCUAAGUUGGGGAGCUGUGGAAUACAGUGGGUUUGCUCGGUGAAGCUAGAUGAAAGUGUAGAUAGAGGGCUAGCAGCUGACUGGACAGAUUUUGGAUUUUCUGAUAAUUUUCUUAUCUGCCUUAAUGCGGCUGGAAAAAUAUUUUUCUAUGGUGCUAUAACUGGUGAAUAUAUAGCACAUGUGGAUAUUUUACAAAUAUGUGGACUUCAUCAUCAACUAAUUCCUGAGGAGCAAGAAAAAUUGUUUAACGAAGGUGAUGUGGCUCCUAGAAGUGUGGAUAUCCUAAAUAAUCCAGAUGGUGGUGUAAAAAAUAAGCCAUCUUGUCAAACUGGUGGUUUAUUUGGUAAAAGGAUGUUUAAAAGGCUGCUUAUUGCUUCACAUACUUCAGUCUUAGCUGUGAUUGAUGAAUAUGGUGUUAUCUAUGUUAUACCGGCUGGUGACUAUAUGCCAGCAAAGUAUCAUUCAUUUGAAAAACAGCUCCCACAUUUUCAGCAUUUAGGGCAUGGAAUAUUGGUUGGUUGGGAGAUUGGUGGUGCUGAUAUAAGCCACCAAAGCGCUUUUUCUAAUAUAACUGGUUCUCAUAAAGCAAAUAUGUCAUCCUUGAGGAUUGAAAGUUCUUCCUUCAGAGAUUAUGUGAACAGUACUGAGCUUCCUGGAAUCCAGGACAGUUAUCAGAAGAAAAAAAGGGUACCAUCCGAAUCAUAUAUGAGUGGUUUUUCAGCUGCAUCCCUGAUAAUAGAUAACAAGUUUUCUAGUGAUGAAUUACCAUCGUGUCUUGUGAGAGAAAUCUUUCUUCCCACUGAAAAAUUUAAUCAGGAUGAACAUGUUUAUUUUUCUCCUUUUGGUGUAACUAGGCUAAUUAAAAAGCAUAGAAAAGAAAAAAGGGAUUGUCAAAUUGUUCAUUCCCAUUUGUAUGUAGAUUCAGCAGUGAAUGAUGAUAGAUGUAUUAAUAUCCAAGGUUGGGAAGCUUUUGUUGGAGAAGCUGUUGGUUGCACUUUCCAGGGAUGUCUUUAUUUGGUGACAGAAGGUGGUGUUUCAGUUGUUCUGCCCUCGGUUUCAGUUUCUUCAAAUUUUCUUCCUGUUGAAGCAAUUGGAUAUCUGCAAUCAAGUAUCAGUAUGGGUGCUGGCCAUCAGUUUGUGAACCUCUUUGGAGUGAAUGUAUUGAAACAACCUUGGUCACCUUGGAAAGUAGAAAUUUUGGAUAGAGCCCUUUUAUAUGAAGGCCCCGAAGAGGCGGAUCAGUUAUGCUUCGAAAAUGGGUGGGACUUGAAAAUUUCUCGGAUACGUCGCUUGCAAUUGGCUUUGAACUACUUGAAAUUUGAGGAGAUUGAGAAUUCCCUGGAAAUGCUUGUGGGUGUCAAUCUGGCCGAAGAAGGUGUCUUGAGAUUGCUCUUUGCUGCUGUUUAUCUGAUGUCUCAUAAAGUUGGAAAUGAUAAUGAGGUUUCUGCUGCAUCAAGACUUCUUGCACUGGCUACGUGCUUUGCGACCAAAAUGAUACGUAAAUAUGGGUUGAUGCAGCAUAGGAAGGAUCCAUUCGUAUUACAGGGUAGUAGGGGAGUUGAGAAUUCUUCACUUGUGUCAGUUGUUCCAAACGAAAAACAUAAUGCAAUGGGAAAUUUGAGAAGGCUUCGAGAGAUGGCUCACUUUUUAGAGAUAAUACGAAAUUUGCAAUGUCGGCUUAGUGCCAAAGUCAAAAGGCCUGGUCAAGGAUCGGUGGAUGGUGUGGGGAAAUUAAGUUUGGUAGAUUCGAAUCUAUCGCAGGACAACUUAGAAUUUUCAAUUCAUCCAACAGGUGCAUUAUCAUUGGAGACAUCGAACCAACAUGAACUUUCUAUUGCCAAAUCUGAUGUCGACUUGAACAAUGCCGAAAAGCUUGCUUUGAUACACAUGGAAUCUUUCAACUCAAAAGCAUAUUCAGAUUCAGCCACUGGAGUAUCUGUUCUUCUGUCAGAAGGGAAGGCCUUGGGAAGGAAUUUUUUCCCCGUAGAAAAUCCAAAGGAUAUGAUAGCUCGUUGGGAAAUAGAUAAUUUGGACCUAAAAACUAUUGUUAAAGAUGCUUUACUCUCUGGUCGUCUUCCUUUAGCUGUUCUUCAGUUGCAUCUUCAUCGUAUGACAGAUUUGGUCAUCGACAAAGAGCCUCAUGAUACUUUCACUGAAGUUCGUGAUGUUGGAAGGGCUAUUGCUUAUGAUCUAUUUUUAGAGGGUGAAAUUGAACUUGCUGUAGCAACGUUGCAUAAGCUUGGGGAGGACAUUGACACCAGUCUCAAACAGUUGGCUUUUGGCACUGUUAGGAGAUCUCUACGUAUGCAAAUUGCUGAGGAGAUGAAAAAAUAUGGAUACCUUGGUCCGUAUGAGUGGAAGAUUUUGGAGAGGAUUUCACUUAUUGAGAGGGCCUACCCAUGCAGUAGUUUUUGGAGAACCUUUAAUCACCGGCAGAACGAGUUCAUGAGAGUUUCAAGUAUAGAUUCAGAAGGAGAGGUUAAUCUGUGCCUUUCGCAUUCACAUUUUUCCAAAGAUCUCAUCAUUAAGUGUGGUGAGAUUGAUGGAGUUGUGCUAGGCGCAUGGGAAAAUGUCAAUGAACAUUCUGUUGUUCCUGUGUCUGAUGAGGAUAAUAGUCAUGCUGCUUACUGGGCAGCUGCUGCAAUCUGGUUUGAUGCUUGGGAUCAAAAAACUAUUGAUCGUAUAAUGCUGGAUCAGCCUUUUUGUAUGGAUGUUGAUGUAUUAUGGGAAUCACGACUUGAGUACCACAUAUGCCACAAUGACUGGGUAGAAGUUUCCAAGCUUCUAGACAUGAUUCCAUCAUCCUCAUCAUCUGAUGGAGUCCUCCAAAUCAGUUUGGAUGGUUUACAAUCAGUUUCACCUGGAUGUAGCACUGAAUCUCCUGACUAUCGCAACUACAUUUGUCCUCUUGAAGAUUUGGAUUCUGUCUGCAUGGAUGUACCAGACGUCAGAAUUUUCAUGUUUUCGGCUAAUAAUAUGUGCUCGUUGUGGUUACGAACUCUCAUGGAACAGCAGCUUGCUACCAAAUUUAUUUUUCUGAAAGAAUUCUGGGAAGGCACAGCAGAGAUAGUGCCUCUCCUGGCACAGUCAGGCUUUAUAUCUAGCAGACAUAAAGCCUCAUUCCUGGAUGAAUUUGGUGAGAGUCCAUCUGGUAUGAAUUUGCCAAAUACUAGUGAAGCAAGUCACCUCAGUACCAUCGGAGCUUUACAUAAACUCAUUGUGCAUCACUCUGUGCAAUAUAAUUUGCCAAACCUUUUGGACCUUUACCUUGACCAGCACAAGUUGGCUCUAGAUAAAGAUUCACUUUCUGGAUUGCUGAGAUCUGCAAGAGAUAGUCAAUGGGCAAAAUGGUUGCUCUUGUCAAGGGUUAAAGGGCUCGAGUAUGAUUCAUCAUUCUGUAAUGCUCGCUCAAUUACCUCACGCAAUUUAGUUCCUGGUAAUAAUUUGAGUCUACUGGAGAUUGAUGACAUAGUUCGUACUGUUGAUGACAUUGCGGAGGAAGGAGAAAUGGCAGCUUUAGCCACAUUAAUGUAUGCCCCUGUUCCAAUUCAAGAUUGCCUGAGCAGUGGUACUGUAAACAGACAUUCCAGCUCCUCAGCUCAGUGCACAUUGGAGAACCUUAGGCCAGCACUUCAGCACUUCCCCCCUACACUGUGGCGUACACUUGUUGCAGCAUGCUUUGGACAGGAUUCAACUUGCAAUUUUUUGGGCCCCAAAACAAAAAAUAUGUUUGAAAAUUCUGAUUUAUCAGACUAUCUAAAUUGGCGCGAGAACAUAUUCCUCUCAACUGGACGUGAUACUUCACUUCUACAAAUGCUCCCAUGCUGGUUUUCUAAGGCUGUGCGGAGAUUAAUUCAGCUUUAUGUGCAGGGUCCUCUUGGUUGGCAGUCACUUGCUGGCGUGCCUGCUGGAGAAUUUCCACUUAGGGACAUUGAUUUUUUUGUUAAUGCUGAUGAACAUGCUGAGAUCAGUGCCAUCUCUUGGGAAGCUGCUAUACAGAAACAUGUGGAGGAACUGUAUGCUUCUUCGCUAGAGGAAAGUGGACUUGGACUUGAGCACCAUUUGCAUCGUGGACGUGCACUGGCAGCUUUUAACCAUCUUCUUGGUGUUAGAGUUCAAAAGUUGAAAUUGGAGAACACCCAUAGAGGACAAUCUGGCACUUCAGUACAUGGGCAAACAAACGUUCAAGCAGAUGUGCAAACGCUUCUCACGCCUAUAGCACAAAGUGAAGAGUCUCUUCUUUCAUCUGUUGUGCCGCUUGCUAUUAUGCAUUUUGGGGAUUCUGUGUUAGUGGCUUCAUGUGCUUUUCUCUUGGAGCUAUGUGGUUUAUCUGCAAGUAUGCUUAGAAUAGACAUUGCUGCUUUAAGGCGGAUAUCUUCUUUCUACAAGCCCAGCGAUUAUUCUGAUCAUUAUAGACAACUUUCACCCAAGGGCUCAGCAUUUCAUUCAGUGUCCCAUGAAGAUGAUAUUACAGAUUCUCUUGCUCGAGCAUUGGCAGAUGAUUAUCUGCACCGUGACAGUCCUGGUGUCAUAAAAAAAACAGGAAAUUUAAAUGCUGUUACCAAUAGACAACCCUCCCGAGCUCUCAUGCUAGUGUUGCAGCAUUUGGAAAAGGUGAGUCUUCCAUUGUUGUUUGAUGGAAAGACAUGUGGUUCUUGGCUAUUGAGUGGCAAUGGUGAUGGAGCUGAGUUAAGGUCUCAGCAAAAAAUUGCAAGUCAGCAUUGGAAUCUGGUUACAGUUUUUUGUCAGAUGCAUCAGAUUUCCUUGAGUACCAAAUACCUUGCUCUAUUAGCAAGAGAUAAUGACUGGGUUGGAUUUCUGUCAGAAGCUCAAGUUGGGCGAUAUCCUUUUGAGACAGUUAUCCAAGUUGGAUCAAAAGAGUUCAGUGAUUCUCGUCUAAGAAUUCACAUAGUAACAGUUUUGAAAGGCAUGCAAUCAAGGAAAAAAGCUAGUCCUUCAUCAAUCUCGGAUUCUACUGAGAAAGGGAGUGAAACUUCCUUUUUUGAUGAAAACACUUAUAUCCCUGUUGAACUCUUUGGAAUUCUAGCAGACUGUGAGAAGCAGAAGAAUCCUGGCAAGGCCCUCCUGUUGAAAGCAAAGGAUAUGUGCUGGUCUAUUUUGGCAAUGAUUGCAUCAUGUUUUGCAGAUGUGUCUCCAUUAUCCUGCCUAACCGUAUGGCUGGAAAUCACUGCGGCAAGGGAAACAUCAUCCAUCAAGGUGAACGACAUUGCCUCGCAGAUUGCAAAUAAUGUCGCAGCGGCUGUGGAAGCUACUAAUUCCCUGCCAGCAAGUGCUAGGGCUCUUUCAUUUCAUUACAACCGGAGAAAUCUGAAACGUAGGCGGCUUAUGGAGCCCGUGCCAAUGGAUUCAAUGUCAAUGGAUCCCUUGGCUUCUACAGCAUCUGACGUUUGUGUUACUGGUAGUGCAAACAAAAUUGCUGCCCAAGGCAUCAUUAUUGAAGAGGAGAGUAAAAACCAAGCUGAGGAACACAUUAAAGUAUCAAGUGAUUCUGGUGAAGUGCCUGUUUCGUUGUCAAAGAUGGUUGUGGUGCUUUGUGAACAACACCUAUUUCUCCCACUGCUAAGGGCUUUUGAGAUAUUCCUUCCAUCAUGUUCACUCUUACCUUUUAUCCGUGCACUUCAGGCAUUUUCACAAAUGCGUCUAUCAGAAGCUUCUGCACAUCUAGGAUCCUUUUCUGCCAGAAUUAAAGAAGAGCCUGCUCAUAUACAAACAAACCUAGCAAAAGGACAGAUUGGGACUUCAUGGAUAAGUUCCACUGCAGUGAAAGCUGCUGAUGCAAUGCUUUCAACAUGUCCAUCACCAUAUGAAAAAAGAUGUUUAUUUCAACUUCUUUCAGCAACUGACUUUGGUGACGGAGGCUCUGCUGCAACAAAUUAUCGACGACUUUAUUGGAAAAUUAAUUUAGCAGAGCCUUCAUUACGCAUAGAUGAUGGUUUACACCUAGGAAAUGAGACUUUGGAUGAUGCCUCACUUCUAACAGCAUUAGAAAAGAAUGGGCACUGGGAACAGGCGCGUAAUUGGGCCAGGCAGUUGGAGGCCAGUGGUGGACCUUGGAAGUCUGCCGUCCACCAUGUUACUGAAACACAGGCUGAGUCCAUGGUGGCAGAGUGGAAGGAGUUUCUUUGGGAUGUACCAGAAGAGAGAGUCGCUUUAUGGGGUCACUGCCAAACACUGUUUGUUAGAUAUUCCUUCCCUGCAUUACAGGCUGGAUUAUUUUUCCUGAAACAUGCAGAAGUUGUGGAGAAAGAUCUUCCAUCAAGGGAGCUUCAUGAAAUGCUACUUCUUUCUCUACAAUGGCUGAGCGGGAUGAUAACCCAGUCCACCCCAGUUUAUCCAUUGCAUCUUCUGCGAGAGAUUGAGACUAGAGUAUGGCUCCUGGCAGUAGAAUCGGAAGCUCAGGUAAAAAGUGAAGGAGACUUCACCUUAGCCAGCUCUAUCAGGGAACCUGGGACUGGAAAGAGUUCCAAUAUUAUAGAUCGGACUGCCAGUAUCAUAACAAAAAUGGACAAUCAUAUAAAUGCAAUGAGGACUAAAACUUCAGAGAGAAAUGAUGCAAGGGAAAAUAACCAGACACACCACAAGAUUUCACAAGUUGUGGAUUCUAGCUUUUCAACUAGUAUGGGCGGGAAUGCAAAGGCAAAACGUAGAGCCAAAGGCCUUGCACCAUCAAGACGGCCUCUAAUGGAUACAACAGAGAAAAUUAUUGAUUCUGAAGAUGGUGUCGCUGCUCUCUAUUUCAGAAAUGAUUUGCAUUUGCAAGAUGAAAACUUCAGAAUAGAAUCAUCCUUUUCAAGGUGGGAAGAAAGGGUUGGACCUGAAGAGUUGGAAAGAGCAGUUCUUUCUUUAUUGGAGUUUGGGCAAAUAACAGCUGCAAAACAACUCCAGAAUAAGCUGUCUCCAGCACACAUACCACCUGAAUUUGUACUUGUAGACGCUGCUUUAAAGCUUGCAGUUAUCUCAACUCCCUGUAACAAAGUAUCCAUAUCAAUGCUGGAUGAGGAAGUGCGUUCUAUUAUUCAAUCAUACAAUAUAUUGAUCGACCACCAUGUGGUUGAACCCCUGGAGGUACUGGAGAGUUUAACAACCAUAUUUAUGGAAGGUAGUGGUCGUGGGCUAUGCAAGAGAAUAAUAGCAGUUGUAAAAGCUGCAAAUGUGUUGGGUCUUUCUUUCUCAGAGGCAUUUGAUAAGCAGCCUAUUGAACUGCUACAGUUGCUUUCUCUUAAAGCACAAGAUUCCUUUGAGGAAGCAAAUCUCCUGGUGCAAACUCAUUCUAUGCCAGCUGCUAGUAUUGCUCAAGUUCUUGCAGAAUCCUUUUUAAAGGGUUUAUUAGCUGCGCAUCGUGGGGGAUAUAUGGAUUCUCAGAAGGAGGAAGGACCUGCUCCUCUAUUGUGGAGAUUCUCGGACUUCUUGAAAUGGGCAGAGCUUUGUUCAUCAGAACCAGAAAUUGGUCAUGCAUUGAUGCGUUUAGUGAUUACCAGCCAAGAAAUACCGCAUGCCUGUGAGGUUGAGCUUCUUAUUCUGUCACACCACUUCUACAAGUUAUCAGCUUGCCUUGAUGGAGUUGAUGUUCUUGUAGCCCUUGCAGCAACCAGGGUAGAAGCUUAUGUCUCAGAGGGCGAUUUUCCUUGUUUGGCUCGCCUGAUAACUGGAGUAGGAAACUUCCAUGCCCUCAAUUUCAUUCUUGGAAUUCUUAUAGAAAACGGUCAGUUGGAUCUUCUCCUUCAGAAGUUUUCAGCUGCUGCAGACACAAAUACGGGCACUGCUGAGGCUGUAAGAGGAUUCCGCAUGGCUGUUCUCACAACACUGAAGCAAUUUAACCCAAAUGAUCUUGAUGCAUUUGCUAUGGUUUAUAAUCACUUUGACAUGAAGCAUGAAACAGCUUCUCUUCUCGAGUCACGAGCUGAACAAUCAUCUCAGCAGUGGUUCCUCCGUUAUGACAAGGACCAGAAUGAAGACCUCCUUGAUUCAAUGCGCUACUUUAUUGAAGCUGCUGCGGUUCACUCCUCCAUUGAUGCUGGCAAUAAAACACAUGCUGCUUGUGCUCGCGCAUCCCUUGUCUCACUUCAAAUACGGAUGCCAGAUUUCCAGUGGCUCAAUCUAUCUGAAACCAAUGCACGACGAGCCCUUGUUGAGCAAUCCCGUUUCCAAGAGGCACUAAUUGUUGCCGAAGCCUAUGAUCUUAACCAGCCGAGUGAGUGGGCCCUGGUGCUUUGGAAUCAGAUGCUCAAACCAGAGCUUACUGAGCAGUUCGUGGCUGAAUUUGUGGCCGUGCUUCCACUCCACCCUUCAAUGCUUGCUGAUCUUGCAAGAUUUUACAGGGCUGAGGUGGCAGCCAGAGGGGACCAAUCUCAGUUCUCAGUUUGGUUGACAGGUGGAGGGCUACCGGCAGAGUGGGCAAAGUAUUUGUGGAGGUCAUUUAGAUGUUUGUUGAAGAGGACUAGGGAUUUGAGGUUGCGGUUGCAACUGGCCACUGUGGCCACUGGUUUUAGUGAUGUAAUCGAUGCAUGCACAAAGGCACUAGAUAGGGUUCCUGACAAUGCCGGGCCACUUGUGCUGAGGAAAGGGCAUGGAGGGGCGUAUCUCCCUCUGAUGUGAUGGUGGAAGAAGAAAAGCUUGAUGGUUGUGAUGGGGUAGUUGAUUUUGCUUUGAUUCUGAUGAUCAUGACAUGAUAUUGGAGAUGGAGGUGAUGAUUGACUACGUAGUCAUCAAAUUUGGUGCUAAAAAAGGUCGAAAAGUCGGCAACAUUGAGAAGGAAGGACGAUAGAUCCUCGUACCAUCUUGUGUGUAGUAGCACCAUGAAGUAUAUAGGUUGAAGAGAUUAAGAGAUUCUUUAACAUCUUGUCCAAGAAUCUAUAGCAAAUUAGGCCCACGUGAAAAAAAGAAGAAACAAAGAAAUUAGGCCCAUGGGAGGAGAAGAAGAAAAGAAGUCAAGCUAAAUCAUAAUUGGUUUGUUCUUUCAAAAAAAAAAAAAAAAAUUUAUUUUUAUUUUGUGUUUUUGGCCAUUUGUUUUCAAGUUGCGCCCAUUGGAGUUGAAUGUGUAUUGAUUUUAGCUUCUUAGUCUUGGUUUUCUUUGUGUAUGACUAUGAAACGUACCCUUAUUCUUUUGCUAGAAAUGCACAAACAUGUACAUAAUUCUUGGUUAAUAAGAGGUUUUUGUGGGUUGAUUUUGUGAGAGA